CUUAUUAAAUAGAUCUGAACAUAAUGUCUGACGUGACAGCGAAGGCCAUCUCAAAGGCACGCAAGCAGCCCUUCAAGGCCAGACUCUACACCAGGGCAGUGUUCACUGGCUACAAGAGGGGGCUGAGGAACCAACAUGAACACACCGCACUCCUCAAAAUAGAAGGCGUUGAUCAGACGAAGGACACCAAAUUCUACGUUGGAAAACGAUGCGUGUAUGUCUACAGAGCCAAGACGAAGAAACACGGAAAACCCCUCCGAGUAGUGUGGGGCAAAGUUACACGACCUCAUGGCAACACGGGUGCCGUUCGGGCCAAGUUCGUGAAGAAUCUGCCCCCGAACGCGAUGGGAAAGCGAAUCCGAAUCAUGUUGUACCCCUCGAGGGUUUGAUUCAAUUUCUCUGACUGAGUGAAUGAUGAUUGAGUUGUACUUUUAUUGUUCCAAGUCAAGAAAUGGAUUAGUUCAA